AUGAUCGUAAGCUUUCCCCCCUCUUUCCCCCCGUUUCCUUUUCCCAUUCAUCCCUUCACCCAAUUCCUUACCCCAUUCCUCCCUCCGCGCUUUUCUUUCCUCCAAUUCUCUCUUCCCCAUGGCUUCUCUUCCCACGAAAUUGCAACACGAGCAGGCAAGUGCGACUACUCGGUGGGUUUCUGGCUGCGCGCUCCGAAGGGCACAGGCGUGCCGCGCUACACGGCGCGAGCAGGCGAGAAGGGGCACUGCCCGUACGUGCGCCCGCUGUACGCGUGCGAGCGCAACAACCGACCCGACUCGCGCUACCAGCGCUACCGCUGGCACGCCAAGAAAUGCCGCCUGAGCUACUUCAGCGGGUCGGGCUUUAAGUACCUCAUGCGACAGCGGCGCAUGCUGCUGGUGGGCGAUUCGAUCAUGGGGAACCUCUUUGAGGCGCUUCUAUGCGCCAUCCACGCUGCGGGAUACCAAGGCAAGCCGUUUGUACGCAAGACCAAGGGGCCCUUCAACAUCAAGGCUGUCCGCUUCCCCCGCUUCUCCUUUUCCCUCGAAUUCCUUUUCUCGCCGUACCUCGUCCACGCGAGACAACGCUCCAGCAUAAACAGAUCCCGGGGCGGUGGCCAUGGCUACAUUGUGAACGUGGAUAGAAUAGAUCCAACACUCGCCUCCGUUCUUCCAUGGAGUCCCUAUGUUCCUUUCUUUCUCCCCAAGGCACACCGGUCAUGGCAUGCCACAACCUUGGGUUACAGAGGCUUAUCGGGGCGGGACCUGGUCUGA